AUGAGUCGAAAUUUUAGAGAUAGAGAAGAAUUCCAAAUGGAUACAAAGCCCUCACAGAGGACUGGAAGUCAGAAAUUUAGAUAUUUUUUCUACGACGGUGAUUCUGGCGAAAUUUUGGGACGAACUCCUGAAAGUUGGGGUAAAAUACUCAUCUUCUACACAAUCUUCUAUGCUGUACUGGCAGCCUUAUUUGCAGUCUGCAUGGUCACGUUUAUGCAGCACUUCAUUAACCCUCGAGUACCUCGUCUGCAGCAGGAGUACAGCGUAAUUGGCACCAGCCCAGGAUUAGGGUUCCGGCCGCUGCCGGAAGAUGUCAGGAGCACCCUGAUCUGGUACAAGGGUACCGGCUACGAAAGCUAUAAGUACUGGGAAGAUCAGCUCAUUGAUUUCUUGUCUGUAUACAAAAAGAAGGGUCAGACGGCAGGCGCUGGACAGAACAUAUACAACUGCGACUUCACGAACCUGCCGCCUCCCGGCAAGGUCUGCGACGUGGACAUCAGGCGGCUGGACCCCUGCAUCGAUGAGAACCACUUCUCCUUCCACAAGUCUUCGCCUUGCAUCUUUCUGAAGUUGAAUAGAAUCUACGGCUGGCGACCUGAGUUCUACGAAGGUGUGAACGACUUACCGUCAGAUAUGCCCCUUGACCUGCAGAUGCACAUCAAAAACCUAACCACCUACAAUCCUAACUACGGUAAUAUGGUGUGGGUGUCAUGCCAGGGCGAGACUCCAGCAGACAAGGAGAACAUAGGUCCCAUCAGCUACCUGCCCUUCCCUGGGUUCCCAGGGUACUUCUACCCGUAUGAGAACGCUGAGGGGUACCUCAGUCCUCUUGUCGCUAUACAUUUGCAGAGACCUCGAACGGGUAUUCUGAUCAACAUAGAGUGUCGUGCCUGGGCGAGGAACAUCAAGUACGACCGGAGAGAACGUCUAGGCGUCGUGCACUUUGAGCUCAUGAUCCAAUAG